CGCAAACAGUGUAGAAAGCCAAUUCACGUGUAAGAUCAUCGUUGGGAUCUGGGACAUCGAUGGGUUCUGUUGAUGUAAGGCUGUUGUGUUCUGAGAAUGGAGUCUGAGGCGUGAGAAACGAGAUGCGCUUGAGCGAAGAGAGGAUGGCGGCGGAAUUGUUGAUAGUGAGGCGUUGGUGCGGUAUUACGUCUGUGGCAUCUUCCUCUGAAAGCUCUGAUAAGGGAAUGUCCUCUUCCUCUUCAUCCUCGUCCCCAUGUUCAUCUUGCUCUUCUUCCUGAUCCGUCCGUCGCUCCUCUUUAGCUUGGCUCGUAGGAGUGGGUUUUUCGUCUUCUCUAUCUCCGGUACCAUUUUGCUUUAGAGAAGUGGGAUCCUAACCAGUCAAAUGUCAGUAGUGUAAAAGCGGCAUUCAAUGGUCUCCCGGACACAUACAGUUUGUUUAGUUUCUUGCUCCUCAUUAUCAUUCAGGCGCCGAUAGCAACUUACUCUUUUUCACCAUUGUGAAUAUGCGAAGGGUAUAAUGCCGAGAGCAAGAAACUGGUAAGAUGGUACUUGGUGUAUUUCUCUUUCAACGGGCGGCCAAAGCGAAAUAAGCUUGGAGAAUUUUUUGGGAUAACGCCUGCCCAUAUGUGGCUAGCGGUUUGAGCAUUCGGCUCCAACAACCUUGCCGUAUAUAGAUUAGCGUUGAACAGCAGAUAUCUUAUCAACACGUGACACAAAGUUGCACCUUUCCUAAUUAGGGUAUCCUACUUUCAGGCAUCAUCUUGCCUUGAGAUUCUGUUUCGUCUCCAUUUCACCGUCAUUAUUCAUUUAGGUCUUAAGGUCCCCGCAGGUCCUGUAAAUCACGAGGAUUACCCAAAAGAAUUCUCUGAAGCUGUUUAGUUCCUCCCAGGGCCACCAAGCCUCAACUUGCCCUGAUGAAUCAGACAAUGGCCCAGCUAUGCCCGAUAUACUACUCCUGGCCCCUGAGAAAACGUUGAACGGCCACAUUUUGACCACGUCGGGCAGGAAACUGUGUUGUAAACACGGCUGCCAAGUUCAUGUUGGUCACGUGGAAGAUCUAUCUCCUCUUCAGUCCUUAGCCUUUCCCCAAAAAGGUUCGGAACAAUCCAACCAUGAACUCUCUGCAACAGACAAUUUGGGUACAGCAUCGCCGCUCUCGGGGUUGGUCUUGUUUGCGCAUGAAAAUCCGAUCGUGGCUGGAUUUGCCGAUGAUGUGAUGUCACUGGGAAACAGACCCUUCCCUCAAUUUUACUUGAUACCUUUGGGUCUGUGGUUACUUGAAUCCCCCCCCCCUCCCACGGCCACUGUUCCAGAUCUGCUGGGUGUACCAGAUGCUCGUACCGUUCCCCGGCAGAAAUGCAGUCCAACAUAGGCAGAUGCCAAGACGGAAAUGGCGUCUACUUCUAGCAUGAGGUAUGGAACUGAGCUACCCCUCUAUUUACAAGAGAACUGCAGAUGUGCCCCGAUUCCUGUCCCAAUUACUAUGUCAUUAAAAAAGGCCAAAUUACUCUUGACAGCAAUUAUGUCAAGAAACGACUCUUCGAAUUCAAGGGACUCAAACCAAAACCCGAUCGUCUGGUUCGGAAAAAGCCCAAUGGACGGUUAGGAAAGCUGUGUUUCACUGCCGAGCACAUCAUUUCAUCAAUCGCCUAGCACGAACAACGCAUGUCAUCAUGUCAACGGGGAAUGCUGGCGCCCAUCACAUGAUACGAGAUCCCGUUGGAAGCCUUUCUUCAAGAGAUAUACGCAAUUGGGUAGAGGAAGGAGCAUACAUGACACACAUCGGUGUGCCUAUCUCCUGUGCGGACGGAUCUACUCUGUCGUAACUACCAAACACCGUUGGAACGCUCCAUUGGAGCCCAAAUUGGUCAAGAAUAUUACCCGUGAAUCCCCAUAUAAUCAUAUAUAUUGACUUCGGCCUUCUUGGCCAUGUCUCAAAGAGACCUUUACUCCAUUCAAUAUUGUUACUCGCCGCCUGCUGAUAGAGCAGAAGUCAGACCAUCAUCAGUCUCGACACAUCUUAUGCUUGCUUUUUUAUCACACAUUGGGAGAGAUUUGUGUUAAUCGUACCUAUUUUUCGCCAACAUCCAUAAAAAUAUGACACCCAAUAAAUUUCAUCACAGCUCCGCCGCUCCUGGGGACAUUCCGCCUUUGUAACCUGCACGGGUGAUUGGCCAGCUGCAAGAACCAUAUCACCCACCAAUCUUGGGCCAAUAUUAAUACCCAUCAACCUGCGCGGAAAGAUUGAGACUCCAGUCCUGGUGGCGACCAGAAUAGACGCUCGCACGAAUACUCUGCCCAACCAUUAUCGACAUCUAGGCUUGGCUCGGACGGUUUACCUCAUUAACUAUCACUUGUAGUCUUUCGCUCCGAUGGAAAAGAAAUACCAGGAUGACACUGGUGGGUGUACAAGUUUCCUCGACAUUGCAUGAAUAAAGAAGAAGUCAACGAGGCGUGUCGCGCAACUACUUCUUCAAACAAAUGAGAGACCUAGUCAUUUGUGAAGCCUUCAAUUCAUAGUCCUCCUCAUACUUAUCCUCACCCGUUACCCUACCCGAACAACCAUUACGACGGGGAGCUUAGCCUGAGGAGUCAUCACGUUCCCAGAUAAUCCCUUUAAGCUAUUAUCAUGGGGCAGGCAUAAUUGCUGGGAUACAUCACGAUAUAAGGACAUGAACCUUUUCCCGGCCAUGUCAAGGUAAUGAAAGUGAUAGACGUUAAUCAAAGUCGCUAGGGUUUACUGUCGCGCAUGGUAAACUAUAGGAAGUGCUGAUCGCGUUACAAAUAAUUUGAUAAAUGAAAGAGCUUAUGUAUCAAGACCCUAGUGAUUGGGUACGCAAUAUAUGACACAAACAAUGACGCAUAUACCUGUUUGUGUUCCCAACAUGACCCGAGGUUGAAACCUCUGGAUUAGCAGGUCAAAAGAGAGACAGCGGCAGUGCGGUUGACUCGGAUAGUGGCAUAUCUUGUGAUUCCGCUGCCAAUCAAGCUAUUGCCGGGUUGAUGGAAGUCACGUUUUGGGGAGACUUGGGCUUGUCAUUAGCUGUUUGGAAGUUUUCGUACAGGUAUUAUCAGGCACUUGCUCUCGUGGAGGGGUGGGGAGGGGUGGGAACAUGUGUUGAGCCUAGACAAAGCUCGAUCAGUUUGCCGGCCCUCUAAUUGGCUCUUUCUUUUUGUGAUGUCUUUCAUUUAUACUCAGAUCAAGGAUGCGGUGCACAGCUCUAUAAUGCAUAUAUGUCUAUUGCGUGGAGCUUUGCUUUUGAGACUUGGACUCUAGUUCACGGGACAUCAGCUUGAAUGGCGGGGUCCCUGAGUCUUUUUCUCCUCAAUCAGUGUCAUGGCGAGUAAGGUAUAUCACACCUACCUAUUGACCUCAUCCCAUGUAUAAUGAGCACAGUCUGCGCGUGUAGACGCACACAUCCCGCUACAGGUUGAACUGGCAGGUACCCCAACCAGCAUCUCUCGUUUUGUGUUUUUU